UAAAUAAUAUUCCUUGAGGUCGAUUCUUGGAUUCGAUCAUUCUUCUUUUUCAUUCAUCUCUCUAUUCACUCUCUUUUUCAUCAUCUUCCUAAUUCCAAUGGAAAACGACACCACCGCCACCAACAACGCCGCCGCCGCCGCAACCAACGCCACACCCAAACUUGCUUCAGGCGGAGUCAAAUCCAACAACCACAUCAAUGAAGAAGAACAUUCCAAUUUGAAUAUCGAGGAAAAUAUACCAGAAAAAAUAGAAGAAAAAAUCGAAGAUGAAAACGAAGAGGAACAACAACCAACUGGAUCUGAAACCACCGCUCAACAACCUUCUAGAACACCUUUCACUAAUCUCAGCCAGGUCGAUGCUGACCUUGCCCUCGCUCGUACCCUUCAAGAGCAGGAAAGGGCAUACAUGAUGCUGAGAAUGAAUAACGAUGGAAGUGACUAUGGAAGUUGGGAAGGUGGGAGCUAUGUGCAUGAUGAUGGAGAUGAUUUUGAUGAUCUACAUGAUGGCACUGAUGAGGAUGAGGAUGAGGAUGAUGAUGAUGAAGAUGAUGAUAACGAGGAGGAAUAUGAAGAAGAUGAAGACGCAUUUGAUGUCCAUGCUCAUGGUACUGUUGGUGAACAUGAUAAUCCUGUCAUUGAAUUUGACCCAGAGCUGUUUUCAAGCGAUGAAGCCUAUGCAAGAGCAUUACAGGAGGCUGAAGAGAGGGAAAUGGCAGCUAGACUGCUGGCUCUUGCUGGAAUACAUGAUCUUUCGUUUUCAAUUACAGAGGACACUGAGGACAUGGAGGAACAUGGUGCUAAUUCUCAGGAUGCUUGGGAGGAUGUUGAUCCAGAUGAGCUUUCAUAUGAGGAACUACUGGCAUUGGGUGAGGUAGUAGGAACUGAGAGCAGAGGUCUUUCGACUGAUACUCUUGCCUGUUUACCUUCAAUCAUCUAUAAGACGGGGAGUGAUCAACACGGGAGCAAUGAUUCGUAUGUGAAAAUACUGUUCCUUCUAUACUUCGCUGUGAUCAUGACAAUAUAUAAUCCGGUGCCUGAUUUUUGUGUUUGUUUUAGGUGUGUCAUUUGCCGGGUGGACUAUGAGGAUGAAGAGUCCUUGACAAUUCUUUCCUGCAAACAUCUGUACCAUCCUGAAUGCAUUAACAACUGGUUGAAAAUAAAUAAGGUUUGCCCUGUUUGCAGUACAGAGGUAUCUACUUCUGGGAGCAACUCGUAGGGAGAAUGGACUAUUAUUGGAUUCAAAUUGAAGAAAAUUUGUUCAAGUUGAGAGCUAUUAUCCCUUAUUUUAAUAGCAUUGCCAAUAUGGGGAGAUAGUCUCUGCUUUAUUGUAUAUCCAGUUCCUUCGCAUUAAUUUCAGUAUUGUAACUUUGGGAAUCAGUUCCUCUAGAUUGUCUUAUUUAAUGGAAUGACUGGGAAUUAUAGUGGUCAAGUAUGACAGGAGGAAUUGGACUUACUUAUUGUGGUUGUUCGGAAGAAUUAGAACUAUCAUCUCCAUAAAAUUAUUCAAAAUUACUGUAUGAAAAAGAACGAGUCUUUAAAACAAACGAGUUAUGGAGUUUUCAUGAAUUGUUCGGUUC